UCCAGGAUAGCUCCUAUUGCUCCUAUGUAGGUACUGCAGGGCAAUCAUUUCUUAUUACAAUUAAUUUGGUAAUUCACAAAGGCCGACUCCAUUCAUUUACAAAUGCACUGCAGGCGACACAGAAUGCACGCGCGCGCAUUGUCACCAACAUUAACUAGACUUAAUUAACAUUCAAAUAGUUAGUUUAUAGUUUUCACAAGUUAGUUAAAUAAAAUAUGGAGGAAACUGAAGACAAAGCUGUUUUAGGAAAAUGGACAUUUGAGGACGCCUUAGAUGUGAGCGGUUGCGGCAAAUACAACUAUGGUUUGCUGACAGUGUGCUGUCUGCUGAUCUUGGGGAUGUACAUAGACAUCUUCGGGUUGUCCGUGCUGCUGCCGAGUGUCUCCUGCGACUUGAAUCUUACGACCAGAGAGCAGGGGAUCCUGUCCGCUAUACCGUUGGUAGGUGUCAUGGUAUCAUCGUACGCCUGGGGCCUAUGCGCCGACACGCUGGGUCGACGUAGGACCAUGACCAUCGCUAUGCCUAUCGGCCUAUUCUUCAACCUGGUGACCAGCAUCGCUCCCAACUUCAAAAGUCUCUGCUUGCUGAAGUUCUUGUCUGCUGGAUUCUCUUCGUCGGCAAACGCCGCUGCUUUCGUAUUGCUCGGGGAGACAGUGCCAUUGAAGUAUCGAAAUCGCUUCAUGUUCCUCAUGGCCAGCGCUACCAUGGUGGGGCAACUUUUCAUAUGUCUACCAGCUCUACCAAUCUUCUCCCUGAAAUUCCACAUCACCGUACCCUGGUUAGCCAUGGAGUACCGGCCCUGGAGGUUGCUGAUGCAGAUCCUGUGUCUCCCUGGGCUGAUCGGCAUCUUUGGCCUGAUCGUGCUGGAAGAAAGCCCUAAAUUCCUCCUCAGCAAGGGCCUGGAGGAUAGGGCUUUGGAAGUGUUGAAGCAAAUGUAUCAUUAUAAUACCGGAUUAGACAAUGAUAAGUACCCAGUGCAAACUCUGUGCCUUGAAAAGUCGGAAGCAACUGCCAGCGCCAACUCCUCCUUCCUGCGUCACAUGUGGAACCAGACGGCGCCGCUGUUCAAGCCUCCGCUGCUGAAAAACUCCCUCAUGCUGUACUUCAUCCUGCUUUGUGCUUACAUGACGUCAACUGGGUUCACCAUGUGGGUGCCGACAAUGACCAAUGCAUACUUUAAUGGCGACGAUACUUCAGGCAAGACGUUUUGUGAGGUUCUUACGUCCUCCAUCAUAGCUACCAGGCAUUCAUCAAGAUACUCUAACUAUACAUCCAUCGUAAGGGACUGCGACCAGGUCAUAAAACCUCUGACACUGUACGCCGUGAUGGUCUACUCCGGCCUCUGUGGCACACUCAACCUCCUGCUCACGUUCAUAGUCGGGCCCCUAGGGAAGAAGAGGACAACGCUACUCGUGUUCACGGUCUGCAUCAUCAGUGGGAUCGUCCUGAUGUUCAUAAGAGUGCCGAUGUUAAGCAUCCUGAUGUUUUAUGUGUUCCCGUACGUGGCGCUAAUAUUGGGGAACAUUAACAGCUAUUUGGUUGAGCUGAACCCGACUUAUUUGCGAGGCAUGGCGACGUGCCUGUCAGUGGUGGUGGCGCGAGGCUUCGGCUUCGUGAGUGUACAGCUGAUAGGCUUGCUGCUGCUCGAACACUGCGAGCCCAUGAUAACCGGGUACAUCGUACUAGUCUUACUUGGUCUGAUAACAGCUUGUUUUCUACCACCUGACGUUAAAGGAUGCAGCAAAACUUCACGUACACCAUGUGACAACAUCGCCAUUAAACAAGAUAAGAAGAAGAAGAAUAAAAUCAAAGGUUACAUACAAACUGCAAAGUUACCGGAAGCACACGAUGAAAUGAAGGUUACUCUUUAGUAGUAGCAUAGAUUUGAGCUUUUCGAGAGAUAAAAUUUUAAGAAUAUCCUGUGAGAUUAUUUUAGUAUACCUACCUCUAACCACGGAAAUAAUAGUAUAGCGCUUUCUCUACUUCCAUACAAACCAAUCACAGACGAAACUAUGUUUUCAUAUUAAACGAAUGUUUUUGAAAACAUUAUUGAACUGAAAUACGAAUAGUUUUUGAAUACAUGUUUGGUAGUUGACUCAAAAUUAUUAUCGCUCACUGAGAUUUUUAUCUCUUUCGUUUGUAUGGUAUUACGUAACAAAGAGAGAGAGCGUUAUACUAACUUCUUUCCGUGGAUAGAGUACCUAUAGUUAGAUAUUUACAAAGUAGCUACUUCAAAUUGGAUGUCAUUUAUUUACUACCUCGCAGAUUUAUUAAAGUUAUUGAAUUUUU